ACCAGGGUGUCGACAUGUUGAGUAUCAUCAAAGAAAUAUAUGCCCGAGAGGAGGGUCAAAUACUCAAGGAAAACGAAAUCGAAGCCUGCUUAAAAUCCAUUCCUCUGUAAUGCUCCGGCAAAUUAUCAAAAAUGAGGGGGCCAAUGAGCAAAAUAAGCAUAGCGGCAAACACACAGAAGAUCGAUGUGGACAAUCGAAUGUCCCUGCACUUUUACUACAGACUCGCCGGCAACAUGCUCAAACAGGCAAAUAUUUACAGGGAAGAAAAGAAUCUUAUAGACUUGUACAUCAUACUGCUUAGGUUUUCAAGUUUAAUUUCAGAAACUAUACCGCAGCAUCGAGACUUCAAACAAUCUCAUUCAAGGGAGAAAGUUGAGUACAAGAAGAAAUUACUUGAUGUUGUGAGUGAGUUGGAACGAUUGAAACCAGAGGUGCAACGGCAACUUGAUGAAUUGAACAAGAGAUAUGCAAGAGCCGCUCGGGAAGAGGAAAGCAGUGGUUCUUCUUUAGAGUGGCCUCCUAGAAGGAAUCAAGGUUAUCCAGUCUAUGAGAAUGGAAAGGGUUAUGGAAGCAGUAUACAAAAUAACACAAGGCAAAAUUCGUGGAGGGCCAAUGAAUUUAGCAGGGAUCAACGUUUGUACUCAAACCAGUUUGAGCAGCAGUUUAACAAACUUGCAAUAAGUAUACCUCGUGCAAGGGAGGAAACAUUAUCAAGACACUCCUUUCUAGGACCAAAUGGGCUACAUGGUCAAUGGCAAGCACCUACCGGUAGUGCAAGGAUGCAGGUGCAGUAUCCCAGCCAAGUUGAUUUAACUCCAAUUGAGAUGCCAUGCUUGGAUUGGACUGGACAAAAUAGUCUUCCAACAGAUGAGGCAGCCAAUGUAUCAACAUCUGAAAGCACAUUGCCAGAAACAAUUCUUUCACUGGAUACCGGUUCAAGACCUGUUCAAGUUAAUGGUUCUUCUUCUCUAUCUGCACCUGGCACCAUGGAACUUUUUGUUCCCCCAGAUAUUGUUAGACAACCUUCUCCCCCACCUGUUCUUGCUCCUGUACAGAACAUACCUGCCGAACUUGAUGCUUUGACACAUGUUUCUCAUUUGAACGUGGCUGAUCCAAGGCCCGGUCCCGCACAAUCAUUACAAGAUGAUCUGGUCAAAUCUAAAAGUCCUCAAUACAUACAAAUAUCCAUAAAAAUGAUGGAUGAUUUCAUGAGACUUGCCAAGUACAACACAGACAAAAAUUUAGAAACAUGUGGUGUCCUUGCAGGGACACUUAAAAAGCGGACUUUCUACGUUACAACUCUUAUUAUUCCAAAGCAGGAGUCAACUUCUGAUUCAUGUCAGACAACAAAUGAGGAAGAUAUAUUUGAUGUUCAGGAUAAGCGUUCACUCUUCCCUCUUGGAUGGAUUCAUACACAUCCUUCACAGUCUUGCUUUAUGUCAUCAAUUGAUCUUCAUACUCAUUAUUCGUAUCAGAUUAUGCUUCCAGAAGCUGUUGCUAUUGUUAUGGCACCUACAGACACAACACGAAAAUAUGGCAUUUUCCGCUUAUCAGAUCCUGGGGGUGUUAAUGUCAUAAAACAAUGCCAGCAGCGUGGUUUUCAUCCUCAUGAAGAACCUCCAGAUGGCAGCCCAAUUUAUGAGCAUUGUUCUCAUGUUCUUAUUGAUCCGUCAUUGAAAUUUGAUGUAAUUGACCUUCGUUAAUAUAAGUUAUGCCAAUACCUAUAAAGAAGAGCUGUUACAGUAAAUUUUCCCAUCUGUCAUAUGGCAAUGUCAUAAUCUGCAGAACACCAAAUUUGUACAGGUCAAGCUGUAAUUUUUGAAACACCAAUAGAAACUGUGGGGCAAGUACUAGUUAUUGAUUAGGAGAGUGAUUACGUGUAUGUAUUUUGCACUGCCAUUGUUCUAAGAUGAGCCAUAACACCUCCUGUAUGUUGGUUUUUAUGUAUUUGAUUAUUUCUCCUCGUGCAGGAUUUUCCUCAA